UCACAGCCCCGAAGCGAACUCGGUGUGGGGCCUGCAAGGCCCGCGGCUGAUGAAGUCUUCUGGAAAGGCGCUGGCUCUUCGGGGCCCUCUGGCGGCUGCUGCUCGCUGCGCGCGGCUGGACACCUGGAAAGCGUUGUGCUUCAUCAGCUCGACCAACAAGAGCUGGCUCCAAUGGUUGAUGAUGCUCUCGCGAAAGACUCCGUCCUUAGUGGCGGGAAUUGCGGCUGGACGGGGUCUCCGCUUGGAGAGCAU